CCAGGUAAAUAUCUACCUACGGCAGCAAUGGCAUGACAGGAGGCUGAAAUUUGACUACUCGGGCGAUCCCCUAAGCCCCGAUAUGAUCAAACUGGAAGACGGAAUGUGGAACAAGAUUUGGGUCCCGGAUGUCUUCUUCCGGAACGAGAAGAGGGCGGAUUUUCACAGCGUGACGGUGCCACAGAGGCUGCUGAGGCUAUAUUCUGACGGGAGGCUGUGGUAUGUUUCAAAAAUAACUGCAAAGCUUUCGUGUCCUAUGAAAUUGAAGAAGUACCCCCUGGAUACGCAGAAAUGUCCAUUUAUAUUUGAAAGCUUUGGCCAUACGCUUGAAAGAGUUGUGUACAAAUGGCUGCCAAACUCGGUUGAAAAAGAACCUUUUGAGAUGCCGCAGUACCAGCUCAUAGGCUGGACGCAAAGAGACUGUUCACAGAACUACACCGCAGGUGCAUUUCCUUGUCUUCAAAUUGACUUCCUCUUAAAAAGAGACAUCGGAUUCUACAUGAUCCAGGUCUACAUUCCCAGCAUUCUCAUCGUCAUCCUGUCUUGGGUGUCGUUUUGGAUUGACAUUGACGCAGUUCCGGCGCGCGUGCCUCUCGGACUCCUUACGGUCCUCACCAUGACAACGCAAAGCGCCGGCGCAAACUCUCACCUUCCAAGAGUCUCGUACAUCAAGGCCAUAGACGUUUGGAUGUGUAUGUGUUUGCUUUUUGUAUUUGCCUCGCUACUGGAAUUUGCAUUAGUGAACGUUUAUUCGAGAAAAGAGUUCAAUAUUUGGAGGAGAACAAAUAGUAUGAUGCCUGUGCAAAAUGGCCGAAAGCAUCAUCAUCACCAUCAUCACCGACACGGGAGCGAUGGUGCCGAAGAAGAAAUUCCUUUAAAAAAGGUCGUGACAACUCCGUCAGGUAUCUCACUCCAUAUGAAUGGAAAAUCAGACUAUGCAAGUCUUAGGGAGGACGAAAAACGUUUUCUUAUUGAACACAAACAGAAGGCUAGGCAUAUAGACAAAAUAUCACGAAAAAUAUUCCCAGUUUCAUUCAUCCUUUUCAAUGUCGUUUACUGGGUAACGUACUUUAUGUUGCCGGACGACUGACACGUGGCCCGCGUAGAAGAGGGCGCUGUGAUAUGAUAUCGAAACCGAGGUCAAAUAGGCACCAUUUCCAUUACGUCAUUCGCUCAUCACGUUCUCCAAUCUCAUCAAACAGUAUCGGCUGACAUGAAGGCUUGCUUGAUCAUUUGCCCGCUUCCGCAUACCGAGAUUAACAGAUGCAUGGAAAAGGACGUAAAACAAGUUAGAAAAUGCACUGAGUAUAAUUGGAAGGAAUUAUGAAAGUAAACUGCCUUUUUUCAAGGCCGAAAUGUCAUCGCUGGCUGGGCAGAGUGUAACCUCAAGCCUUGUGGAAAAAUAUCCCAACAGGCGUAUGCUUAAAAUGUCACAUGUAGAACAAAACCCGACAAAAGCCUGAAACGAUAUGCUUACAAGUCGUUAUCCUUGUGUAAGAACCGAUAACAACUGCGGCGCCGUUAAGCUUUGGAGCUACUCGAAAGUGGGGUAUAUUUCGCAUAAUAUGUUUUGUAACUGAAAAAGUAAGUAGGGUAUUUUUUUAGUGAUCAGUUCAGAUCAGUUCAGAUCUCGCUUUUGUGGAGUGGUAAUUAAGAAAGGGUACGUAAGAACAGAUAUGUAAACUAGUUUUUUUUAUACA